AUGCAAGACGCCAGUUUUCACACCGGCUCCCGGUUGUCCCCAAGCCCCCCGACGAAGAGGACGCGGCUGAGCCUCCUGCGGCGGCCUCGCACGGUGUUCAGCGCACAACAGCUGCGCGUCCUGGAGGAAUUCUUUGAGGGGAAACCCUACGGGACCUAUGAGGAACGCGAGACCCUGGCGGCCAGGCUGAACCUGCAGGAGGACCAAGUGAGGGUGUGGCUCUCGAACCGCAGGACCAAAGAGCAAAGGUUGCAGCGACUGCGCAAGCAGCAAGGGCACGGUCACCGCUGCACCUGCUCCAGCUCAAACUCCAGCUCCAGCCCCAGAUCCCGAUCGAGCUCCAAAUCAAGCUCCAGCUCCAGCUCCAGCUCCAGCUCCAGCCCCAGAUUCCAACACCAGCUCCAGCUCCAGCUCAGAUCGAGCCCCAACCCCAGAUCCAGCUCCAGAUCUAGAUCCAGCUCCAGAUCCAGCUCCAAGUCCAACGCCAACUCCAACUCCAACCAACUCCAACUGGAGCUCCAUCAGGACACACUCUCGCCUCAGGGCCACGACAACGCCGGGGAUUUCUCUUCAAACCCUGAUUUCACAGACCUGCUCUCAGCCUAUUGCUUCUUGGAGGAGCCCUUCUCCUCCCCCAGGCCCUGUUACGACUUUGUGGGUGACAGCGACGUGGACCUCUUCCAGUAA